UUUAUACAGUUUAAACUAGAAGUUUAUAUGAUAUAAUGCCUAUUGUUUUAUCAUCAGAGUGGAAACAGCAAAGUUCUUUUUAGGCAAGGAGGUAGAGGGAAGUUGACGAUAGGAAUAGAGGCAUUGUUUUUAGAGGCCCCAGAUCUGCAGUCCUCUCUAGCCUUUGUCAGGGGGCUUGCAGACAGGCAGAACCUGAGUGUUGCCUCUACUGGGUGUGAUGUGGAGGGGUGAUACCUGAGACCUGAAGGGCUGUGGCACGCGAUGUCCACUCUGACUGCGCUUUGGCUGCCACCCUCACAGUAUCAUGAAGUUUUAUGCUAAUAUCGCUGGCAAGGACUUUAUAGACUUUGUCCUCAUCAUCAGCACCAUAUCAAAAGUUGCAAAUGUCUGUGUGCUUCUUGUGUACCAGGACAAGCUGUGCUUUGACACUGAUUCCAGAGUCGCGCAGGAGGCCAGGAUAUGAUGCAAAGUGAGGUGGGGAGACUUCUUCCACUGGUUUCUCAAGGAAGGUGUUUCGGAAGAGUUUAAAGAGAUUUAUCUAGAGCUGGCACCUGGGCAUUUGUUCAGAGCAGUGAGAAGAAGCACAGGGGAUGCCUCUGCCCUAAAGCUCUAGCCAACCAACAGGCAUCGUCCCAGCCUCAUGGUGGCUGUGGAGCCCCUUGCCCACAGCUGUGAUCUGCCUGGGAGGGUGCUUUCUAAUGGGGUCCUGGAUGAUUUCCCAGAGCCCAGAGAUCAAGCCUGUGAUGUUUUAUUUAUCUGCCAGCUUGGAAGACUGAAGAGCUCUGUAGAAAAGAUGGCAAACAUGGGUGAUCAAGUGCUGGUUGAAGCAAAUCUAAAUGGCAAAAUGAACUCAAGUAUAGAAACUGAUAUAGUGACUAUAAAAAGUUAUCUUAGCAAUCUUGGAAAUCCUCCAGUGCCUGCUCAGGAUAUACCUCAAAACAGAAACCUGGAGAGCAUGGUGCUGCAAGUGUGGGUAGAGAAUAGGAAGCUUCUGCAGUUUUUAAGGGACAGCAAAUUGGCCUUAUGCAAUAUUUUGAGCAAUAAGUCUUCUUCAUCUUCCGAUGUCAUUCUUCAGUAUUUCUUUCUUGCCUCAUAAAAAUUCAA